AUGAGCUCGCAAGUACCGCGAGGACGUCGCCAAGGCCUAGGCGCCGCAGGGGUGAGCGCGCGCAUUCUCGGCUCGAUCGGGGAGCUUCUUGGAGAGAUUAUGACGCCGCGAUCGCUCCUCGGCGAGGUUACCGUCACAGGUGGAUGAAUUUCCCGGGAUCUUGGCAGCGCAUUCUCUGAUCGGGAGCUCGGGAGCUUCUCUGAUCGGUUGCUGCCAUAGAUCGUCGUCACAGGCGGCUGAAUUUCGGAGAAUCUUGCGGCGCCGCUAUCAUGGCCAAGGCGAUCGUCCCCGGGCUCCAAGAAAGGCUGCGAUCGCUGGUGAAUGGCAAGGGCUGGGACUACGUCGUCUACUGGAAGCUCAACGACGAUCAGAGGUUUAUCGAUUGGGUGGGCUGCUGUUGUGGCGGAGUGACAGCAGGCCAUGGAAUUGGAGCGGAUUUUUUCUCGCCACAGCCUCACUACCUGGAUGGAGGAGCGCCUUGUCCCGAUAUCUCGUUCCCCCAUCCAUCAACAAAGACGUGUACGCUUCUCUCCGCCAUGACGCUCUCUCCUUCCAUUCCUCUUGAUUCGGCCGGUGUUCACGCUCAGGUGCUUUUGUCAGGGCAGCCUCGCUGGAUUAACUUCUCGCUGGAGAGUAACCAGCACGAAGGCGUGCAAACCAAAGUUUACAUUCCAAUCCAGAAUGGAAUCGUGGAGCUCGGAUCGUCAAGCCAGAUUGCCGAGAAUGCCAUGGUCAUUCAAAGUGUAAAAGCAAAGUGUGGGGAUCCAUGGCAGGAUUUUCAGGGUUUCCAGGAGAACGUUGACCAGCAAGGCUUCAAAUCUCUGUACAAGAACCAAGAAGAUGGUUUAGACAAGCACUUCAACGGCCAUGGCGACCAGGUGCACUGGACUUCGGCGCUGGACACUCACCCUUGGGAACACGACGUAGGAUUUUCCGACAAUCAGUUCUCACUGAACAUCGCGGCACCGACUCAGCUCAACUUCCUUGGGCAGCCCUCUAAAACGGGUGGUCAACCGUCGGACCACUUUGACAAGCAAGUUGACUGUUCCCGCCCCGAGAAACAAGUGCCGCCAUUUGUGCAGGGGCUGCAAGACGUCCCUCCUCUUGCUCCUCCAAAUCACAGCUUCUCGGAGUCUCCUCACGGCAGCGGCGUCUCCAAAGAGAACUCCGAAGUCAAGCAGGAGACGCGCGCUGAUUCGUCAGAUUGCAGCGAUCAGGUGGACGAAGACGAUGAGAAAGCCACCGGCCGCUCUGGCCGGCGGCACUUGUCCAAGAACUUGGUCGCCGAGAGGAAGCGGAGGAAGAAGCUUAACGAGCGCCUCUACUCUCUCCGAGCAUUGGUCCCAAAGAUAACCAAGAUGGACAGAGCAUCAAUCUUGGGCGAUGCCAUUGAGUACGUCAAGGAGCUACAACAACAAGUUAAGGAGCUGCAGGACGAACUGGAGGACGAUUCUCAGGCUGCCAACAAUAUCCCCGCAAUGACAGACGUUUGUGGUGGAGGACACAAGCACCCUGGGAGCGAAGGAAUCACGAUUGCAGACGUUGACACCAACAAAUGUGCCUUGAAAGCGGAUGAUAUCAACGACAAGAAAGUGGAAGAUCUCACGCAGCCAAUGCAGGUGGAAGUGAGCAAAAUGGAUGCUCACUUGCUAACUCUGAGGAUCUUUUGUGAGAAGCGGCCGGGGGUGUUUGUGAAACUGAUGCAGGCACUGGAUGCGCUGGGUUUGGACGUCCUGCAUGCAAAUAUCACCACGUUUCGAGGAUUAGUCCUUAACGUUUUCAAUGCCGAGAUGCGGGACAAGGAACUGAUGCAAGCUGAGCAGGUCAAAGAGACGCUCUUGGAAAUGACAUCGCAGCCAGAAGCGCGAAGUAGCUCGUCGCUUGUGUCUGAGUCUCAUAUGGGAGUGAUAACUAUUGAUGGAUAAACGAGAAUGCUGCCAAGUUAAAAAUGAUGGAAUUUCCAAUCUUCCAUGACAAAUAUCUAUUUAUCAUCAAUUUCGAACAUAAAUGUAACUUCCACUUGGAGUGUAUACAACAUGGAUUUGGGAGGUUUAGUUU